UUGCUGACUCAGCCUAGUCCAGUGUGCAGGCAGUGAUCAGUAGAUGUGAUUGGCAGAUGAAGAAUUUGGGCUAAGUCAGGAGUGUCCCACAUUCACUGGUCUAAAAUCAAUCUGAAUUCAGCACAGACUUUUUUCAUUAGUGGCCUAUAUUGCCUCACAGGCCUGAGCUGCUACAGCAGAGGAAGCUUCUACAUGUUCCUGAAACAGAUGUUCCUCAAUUUUGGAUUCCCUGACCUGAAAGAUUUCCUGUCUCUGAUCCCAGCUGACCGACAGCCAGAGCUUUUGGGCUCCAUCUCUCCGGAAGAACUCGGAGAGUUUCUGAACAGGCCAAACACAGUGAUUGAUGGUUCUGAGCUCUGCACACUCCUCAACAACUACAAUAGAACCAAUCAAUACCUGGAGAUGGAGUCUGUUUUAUCCUCAGCUUUGGCCAGCCACACGUUGGAGUGUGUGUGGCCUCGUGCUCUCAAUGCCUCAUCUCAGGCUGAUGUAGAACAGUGGUUUAAGGUCACACUGGUUCACUACCUGCCCUACCUCAGUUCUCAGCUCAUCAGCUCUGCCCAGCUCAGUGGAGCCUCCUGUCUGUCAUACAGGAAACUGGUGUCUAUCCUGGGGGACAACUACAAUUUUUACACAACUGAUUUCACCCCAGCUGAUGUGUAUAGCUCCAUAAAAGUGUAUCUGAACAGCAGCGAUGGCAGCCCCCGCUGCUAUAACUCCUCAGAUCCUCUUCUGAACUCCACUGCCUGGUUUGCUGACAACAUCGGAUUCUUCAUCACUUUCAUUAACCUCGCUGACCUGCAGUCAUUCCUACCAGGAAACAUGACGAGUGUGUUCCUGCAGAACGCAGAAAAUCUUCAGCUGUUCAACAACCCAGGAAUUUCAGCCAGUGUCCUGGAGUACUACACAACAGAGUUAUACAUCCAGAAUCCUGACUUCAGCCCACUCGGAUUGCCAGCUGAGCUGCUGUGUCGAACUCCUUCCUCCACGUUUGUUCAUCUUGGAGAUGCAGACAUCAAGACCAUCCUGACGAGCAUCAACAACUUCUGCACAGAAAUGAAUCCAGAGGUGAUCAAUCAAUGAGACCCUGUCAGUCAGUUAUUCUGUCAAAGUGCAAGCUAACUAUAAUCCUCUUCUCCUCUCAGGUCACAGCGGUGCUGGUAGCAAAGUUCCCCAGUGUAUCUGCAUCCACCAUCCAAUCUUUGGGCAGCCAGUG